AUGUCGAACAUUCAAGAUUCGUCACCGGUUGACGAUUUGGCUUCCUUGUUCUCGCGACUCAAUCUAGGUGCCACACCCUCCCAAGACCCAGUAGAGCAGUUGCUGGCUAGGAUUCAAGCGCGGUGGAACACCGAUCUUCUGGACUAUACUGAGCUAGACCGCGAGCCUGGAAGUGGCAAGAAAUUUCUUGACGCUGUUUUCCGUCGCGUUGAAAAGUUAGACCUCCCGCGCGAUCGUAUUCCUCUUAAAUUGCGGACAGCUCUCUUCAAGGACGGUGGCGAGGAUGAACCUUGGCAGAGACUCCAGCCCCUGCCAGAUGAUCAACUGGACAGUUUGAUGGCCGGGAAGGAUAUCGCAAAAUUUUUGCAAUUUGCCUGCGCACUCGAACGGCCGCCUGCCGCGAUUGAGACAAUAGCCGAGCAGCAAAAGCGGCUGGACAGGGCCUUCCAUGAAACGUUCCGCGGACGCUUCGAUGAAUUGUUUGAGAAGUCCUUGGGUGUUUACGCGGGAAUAUACGACAAAAGUAUAUAUUACGGUCGCAUGAUACCGUUCGUUCAAGCUAGCGGAACAGGUAAGACUCGUUUGGCGUGGCAGCUUGGGCUUCGAAUGCCUGCGUUCUGUGUUUGUUUCCGAGAGGGCGAACUACCAACUUCAGGAUGGCCUCCUCGUGACGUCAGCCGAGAGUUCUUCGAUGGGCUCGAUGGGCCGUUCACCUUCCUGGCGGAGGAGAAGGCGGCUGCCUUUCUCGGUGCGCUCGUGGAGGUUUUGCACCACACAGCACCUGCCGUGCACCACACAGCACCUGCCGAUCUGGAGGCCUGGGUCAAAGCCUGGUCUAUCGAGGAUCCAACCGAUCUUGAGAGAUCAAGUCGCCACGGUCACUUUGAGGAGGUGAAAAAACUUACUAGAGAGCGGCUGACUAAGUACAAGGAGGAAUUGUUUGCCUUGAGAUUGAAGCACCACAUCACUGCUGCAGCGGAAGCUGAUAACAACACCAGAGGUGGAAAAUCCGGAACCAGCGUCACCGGCUGGCACGUGGCUUUGUUCACAAGGCUCGCGAAGCCGGCUUUCGAUCUACUCGCGGAAUCGGUGCACCGUCUAAAACAAAAGAGAUUCCUUCUGAGUCUCGACGAGUGUACAGAACUGAACGAUCCCGGCCUACUUGUCGGUCCGAAAGGUCCUCAGCGAGAGAUGUCACUCAUUGCUCUCCAGCGUAUCAUCAAGGCCGCAGACGAAUGCACUUUCCCGCACGAUAUCGAAUUUUGGUAUAUGCUCUUGGACACGAAUUCCUCCGUGUAUGAACUCGCUUCUUCCGGGCCAGAUGCGUCCUCGUUUCGCUUAGCGAGUGCACUUAAACCCUUGCCUGUGUGGUGUUACGUCGAUUUCGACCAAAUGCGUCAAGAUAACAAGCAAGAUGACAAGCAAGAUGACAAGCAAGGUGCCAAGCAAGAUGACAAGCAAGAUGACAAGCAAGGUGCCAAGCAAGAUGACAAGCAAGGUUCCAAGCAAGAUGACAAGCAAGGUGCCAAGCAAGAUGACGAGUUUACAAACGCGGAGGACGCUCUUCUGAUCUCCUUCCUUGCAGCAUUGGGCCGGCCUUAUUGGUAUACCCUUCGCUACUCUCCAGACCUUGUGCGUGCUGCAAUUAAGAAGCUAAUCUAUAACGACAAAUUCGAUCCAACAAACCGUGAACAUGUGUUCGCCGUCUUCGCAAACAGGAUCGUGCUGGAACUGAAUCAUACGAUGGAGUCCAGCCGCAUCGCUAUAAACGCUGUACGCAGUCACAUGCGCCUCCUGAUCGGUGUCCAUGAUACGUUCAUCACCACCGCCGCGCCUUCGGAACCUAUGCUUGCCGUCGCUGCUGCAGAAGUCCUGAACUUGAACCCGCAGACCUACGCCAGGGCGUUGGACACGCUGAUGCGACGACUCAUCAUGGACGGGGUCGUGACUGAUCGAGGGCGACAAGGUGAAUUAUGCACCAGGCUCUUACUCACCCUCGCGCGCGACAAGGCGACGCUUCCGAAGGGAGGAAAGUUUGUGGAUUCCACUCGGCGCGCUGUCCGCCCGUUGAGACUGUCAGACUUUCUGAAGACCUUGCUUGGCGACGACCUCGGCGUCAAGCAUCAGGAAACGACUGUAGAAGCCACGGUUGGGGAGCCCACGACUCAGAAGCCCAAGGCUAAGAAGACCAAGGCUGCCAAGCCCAAGGCCGCCAAGUCCAAGGUUGACAAGGCUGAGGCUGACAAGGCUGAGGCUGAGCAGCCCAAGGCUGAGAAGGCCAACCCUAAGGAUUUUGUCAAAGACGCAGACAAGCUCUGGAUCAACUUUACUCACUGGGUCCAAACCUCCGAAGAGCUCAGCGUCAUUACUCGCAAGUGGCUUGCUGAGCUGUGGAAGCGGGGUGCCGGCGUACAGUGCACCCAUAUUCAGGCGUUGUUCGAUUCGCUGUUCGUAACAUACAGCGGAGACCUCAACGAGCCUUUCGACGAGAGUUUGCUCGGAUAUGUCAUCGUUCAGAUCAAAGCGAAAACGAAAGCAUCUGCAUAUAGCCUAGUUGCUGGACUGGCAGGCCCUAUCAUUGAACGCACUGACAAAUCAGGCGCGGUUGUGCGAUAUAAACCCGAGAACUACGUCGCACUUUUUAUGGACUUCGCUACCGAGAGCGCAUUCGGACACGCUGGCGGGCCUCGCGUUGCUCUCGAAAUUGGGCAACCUGCGAAACAGACGCACGGCGGCUGGAUAGGAUAUCUGGAAAAAGACAAGGAGCCGAAGCGAUACUGCCUAAACAUUCGGGGGCACGACAGUUCGGUUUACACCGUGAUCACCCCGGAAUUCAAGGCGCAGUUUGAUCUGCUAUUCGCACACUCGAUUGACACGCGUGGGCCCUUUGAGGAGGCCAAGGACGCCAUGGACUCGGCUAUAAAUCCUAUAUCGUCGAUUCUGCGCAACGACCCUGCAUCGUUGAAGGCCGAGAAGAAAGCGGCGAAGGCAGCGGAGAAGGCGAAAGAGAAAGAGGAGGAGGUGGAGGAGGAGGAGGUGGAGGAGGAGGAGGCGGGAGGAUCGAGCAGUAAGUGA